AUGGAGGUCGACAAGGGGGUGGCGGAAAGUGAUGCCUUCGUGCUCGGCAUAUCAAAGCUGAAGCAAGAAUACGAGGGAUGCAUUAGGUGUUUGGAACUUUACGACAAAAUCACAAGUGCCGACAACAAAUCCUUACAAUUGGAGUUAGAUGUCUGGAAGAAAGAUAACUUGAUCGACUCGCUGAAGAGUAAGCUAGGUAGCGUGGAACUCGAAAAACUAAAACUAGAGAACGAGGUCGUGUUGUUGAAGCAGAGGAAUGCGGAGCUUGAAAGCCGUGUUCGGAGUUUUAAGGAGGAAGAAGGAAAGCUGGGGAUGUUGAUGAUCGAAAAUAAGGUAUUGGAAUGUGAGAAGAAGAAGGCGGAGGUUGAUAUCGGGACUUGGAAGCUGAAGUGUAAAGAAUUGGAUAUGAAGUUAAUGGAGGUGGAAAAGAGACUCUCUGUUGGUAGACCAUUAACAGUGCAAACUGAAAAGAAUUCGGAUGAGGAUAAUGAUGAUCAAGGCACCAUUAACACUCCACAUAAGCUUGAUAAGGAACUCGAAAGAUUCAAUAAAAACCGUGCAUGUGGAUUUGAUUCUCGAGUAAGAAAUCGCCUGGAUUUUGGACUCUCCAGUGAAGGGACCCCAUGCAAGAAAAUUAGCCCCACUACACCUGGCAAUAGACCCCCUUUUGAUGCCACCAUCGAAAUUAGUGACAGUGACGACAAUGACGAUUCUGAUAACAAAAAUGUUGACAACUCGACAGGUGUGGGGUCGGGAGUUAAUCUUGAUGACAAUGAUUGUGAGGAAAAUGCUUGCUAUUUCACGAGGCCACCAAUGGCCAAGAGGCGAAAAGUGAGGAAACGAGCUGCUUGUGUAGUUAACAGCGACACCGAAAACGAUAGCAAUGACGAUGUUGAUGAUGACAAUAUCCUAAUCAGCACACUCAUGAGCAAGAAAUCAUCUGCAAACGGUUCAAAUGCUAAGAAUGAUUCGUGUUUGAUCGGUAACCGUGAAAAAUGUACUCCAAAACGACAACUGAGAAGGGCUGGAGAAAGUGAGGAAAAGGAUCUUUUGGGAAAGCGAAAGUUGAAAUCUUUCUCGGGUGAGGGAGAAGAAGAUGAUGUCGGGAUGGAAACAGACGAGUCGAGUGGUGAAGGCGAAAGCCUCGGUGGAUUUAUCGUGAGUAGCUCGGACGAGUCGGGAAGUGAGUCCAAUGAAGGUCCAAACUCAGGUGAAGAUGAUGAUGAUAAUAUCCUAAUCAGCACACUCGUGAGCAAGAAAUCAUCUGCAAAGGGUUCAAAUGCUAAGAAUGAUUCGUGUAUGAGCGGUAACCGUGAAAAAUGUACUCCAAAACGACGCCUGAGAAGGGCUGGAGAAAGUAAGGAAAAGGAUCUCUUGGGAAAGCGAAAGUUGAAAUCUUCCUCUGGUGGGGGAGAAGAAGAUGAUGUCGGGAUGGAAACAGACGAGUCGAGUGGUGAGGAAGGCGAAAGCCUCGGUGGAUUUAUCGUGAGUACCUCGGACGAGUCGGGAAGUGAGUCCAAUGAAGGUCCAAACUCAGGUGAUGAUAGCUUGGAAAACGAGUCGGAUGGUUGUGUGGGGGGGUAUGUUAAGGUGAUGUCUGGACUAAGAAGAGAGAGAAAGGGCAAGAUGGAUUGGGAAUAUGAAGCUGAUAUGCUUGCCGAUUUGGGUAAAUAUCCGGAGCUUUGUAUGAAGGCCGUAUGUGCCAUCUUUCGUCGGCAAACGUCUGAGGAGCAGCUUCACCAGGCGACUCUGGUUCACAAUAGGCGAGGGUUCAGCCAAGUUCAUGCACCGAGAGGGAGUGACCUGGCCAAGUUUCUCAUGGAUGGAGAUCCAAAUGGUGACGUGAAUAAAACACUGGACGAGCUCCAAAAAUUUGACCCAUUGGGUAUUAAGCAGUGUAGAAAAUUAGCAAUACACUACUCCAAGCAGUUGUUUGAAAUCUACAAGAAUCGGGAGGACCCGUUUUUCCAUCCUUAG